AUGUCCGACGCGGGCCAGCUCUCCGACGAAGAAGUCAAUGGCCAGGCAACUCCUGCUGGGAACGCCGACGAUGGCACGCCGCUAAACACUGUGGAGGAUAACGGUCUCGAGGAUGAUGAAGAUGACCUGUUUGGCGACGGAGACGGAGAUGCAGGUGAAGAUGCGCCAGCUGAGCACCGAAAGCUUGAUGAUGCAGAGCUCGAUUCAGGCGACGAUGAGGGACGGGCAGAUCGCGUCAGGGCACCAGAAGCUGUGGAGGAGGUCGAGCAACAGACAUUUGCAUACAUGGACGCCGACCUGGCGCGACAUCCCGUUCCCGAGCCCACCGACAACGAGCUUUACCUUUUGAAAGUUCCGCGCUUCUUGUCUUUCGAAGACAAAGCAUUCGAUCACAAGACCUUCCAGCCGCCGACCACAGACCACCACUCCAAGCUCACCGCGUCUGAGCACUUCUCAGCCUACAACACCGCCAUGACCACGGUCAGAUGGCGACGCUCACCCUCGAAUAACGCCGUCCUACAGUCCAAUGCUCGGAUCCUUAGGUGGUCAGACGGCUCCCUAACCCUUCAACUUGCGACCGACCCUACAACCCAGUACGACAUCGAUGCGAACACCCUAGCCCCACCGCAAGUCAACCCCAAGAUUCCCACGCCAACGGCUGUCAAAGACGAGAAGAAUGGCAAGACAAGCGCGAAGAAGGAGAGCUACACAUACCUGGUUGCGCCGUACGAGGAAGCGAACGUUAUGCGCGUCACGAACAAGCUUACGGCAUCCCUCAAUGUCGUACCCACGUCGAACACAAAAGACGCCGCGCUGGAAAAGCUGCAAAACGACCUUGCCAAGGUCGCAGCAAAGGGCCGAGACGAUGCCGACCAAGCCAUAUCGUUUAUCAACGUUGACGAAGACCCCGAGCUCCGCCGACAGCGUGAGGAAGCUACAUUCAAGGAGAAACAGAGGCAAUUGCGCGCCCGCGAGAAGCACGAAGCGCGCCAGGCAGAGCGUGCAAACCGCACUAUGGGCCGCACCGGCGGUCGCGCAUCAGGAGGUCUCGACAUUGACGGAUUGGAAGACCGCCCAGCUCGGAAGAAGAACGCGCAGAAGGGUGGCUUACGGCGUGACUGGAGUGACGACGAGGACUACGGUGGCCCCAGGAGGAAUCGCGAAGACGACUACGAUGAGGAGGAUGACUUUAUUGCCGCUAGUGACGAGGAGCCGGAGAUCGUGGACGACGACGAUGAUCCAGAUGAGGGUAUUGCGGCGAGUCCCAAGCGAGCACGGGGUGGUGUUGCUGCCGACGAUGACGACGACGAUGAGGUGGUUGUUAGCCGGACGAAGCGGAGACGUGUGGUGGACGACGAUGAGGACGAAGAGUAG